CGGGUGAAAACAAAUGAAAAGACCAUCCUUAUUUUAAACCGGCAAUGAUUUCCUCGGUCCGCUGCCUGCUAUUCCACUGUGUUCUCCGACGGGUCACGGGCGAACCCUAUUUUAGAAUAUUUAAACGCUUGUUCUUUUGUAUAAAACACAUUUUAAAGGUUCUAAACAAAGCUAGAGAAAAUAUUCCAACGGAAAGAAUGAUUUGGAUUGCAGCUGCAAGACUAGAAGAAACUCGUGGACAAGCUAAAAGAGUCCCAAUUUUAAUUGAACGUGCUCUAAUUUCUCUUCGUUCUGCACAAGUUGAAAUAAACAGAAAACAAUGGUUAGAAGAUGCUGUUGAAUGUGAGGCUGCUAAUUGUCCGUUGACUAGUAGAGCUAUUAUACAAAACGUCAUAGCAAUUGGUGUUGAAGACGAAGAUAGAAAACAUACAUGGAUGGAAGAUGCAGAAUGGUUUAUAACACAACAUGCAAUACAAUCAGCUAGAGCAGUAUAUUCCUACAUUUUAAAUAUAUUUUCAAAGAAGAAAAGUAUUUGGACUCGAGCAGCAUUUUUUGAAAGAGAAUUUGGUUCUGUUGAAAAUUAUGAAGAAAUUUUGAAGAAAGCAACAGAAAAUUGUCCGGAUGCUGAAAAUUUGUGGUUAAUGCAAGCAAAAUCGAGGUGGCAGGGAGGAGAUGUUGAAGGUGCUCGUCAGAUUUUAGCCCAAGCUUUUAGACAUAAUCCCAAUUCUGAAGAAAUUUGGAUGGCUGCUGUUAAACUUGAAUCGGAAAAUGAGGAAUUUGAUCGUGCAAGAAAAUUACUUGAGCGUGCUCGAAAUUCUGCACCUUCCCCACGUUUUUGGAUGAAAUCUGCACGUUUAGAAUGGUGUUUAAAUGAUUUGGUUAGAGCAAAAGAAUUGUUAAAUGAAGGAAUUAAAUUAUAUCCAAAUUUUGAAAAAUUUUAUAUGAUUUUUGGACAAAUAUAUACACAAGAAGGCAAUUUUGAUGAAGCAAGAAAAUUUUAUAUUGAAGGAACCAAAAGAAAUGUUCAUUGUAUUCCUUUAUGGUUAUUGUUGGUUAGACUAGAAGAAUUUAGAGGAAGACAUAUAAAAGCUAGAAGUGAAUUAGAUAUUGCAAAAACUAAGAAUCCAAAAUGUGAUGAAUUGUGGUUGGAAGGUGUUAGAAUUGAAAUGAGAGCUGGACAGAGAGAAUUGGCACAAUCAAUGUUGGCUAGAGCUUUGCAAGAAUGUGAACAUUCUGGAAGACUUUGGGCAGAAGCUAUAUUCAUUGAAUUACGCCAUGCUAGAAAAACAAAAAUUGUGGAUGCAUUAAAGAAAUGUGAACAUGAUCCUCAUGUACUUUUGGCUGGUUCUAAGCUUAUUUGGGCUGAAAGAAAAUAUAAAAAAGCGAGGGAAUGGUUUAUGCGAACAGUUAAAGUUGAGCCUGAUUUUGGAGAUGCUUGGGCUUAUUUUUAUAAAUUUGAACAAAUUCAUGGAACUCAGGAACAAAAAGAUGAAGUAAAGAAGCGUUGUUUACAAGCCGAACCAAGACAUGGAGAACUUUGGCAAGCAGCAUCAAAAGACGUUAAAAAUUGGCGUAAAAGAACGGGGGAACUUUUGGAAAUAAUUGCAGUUAAAUUGGAAAUACCUACAUAA